UGUGCACUGAAGUAGCCCUCUUUUUCGUGGUGAAGGUUUUUUCUCUCUCCAGAUCGUCCCCGUCUCUGUGUCGUACCAUUCCAUAUCUUUGAUUUCAUCAUCAAUAAUGGCUGUGACCUUCUCCGAUCUGCACACUGAGUCUGGAGUUAAAGCCCUCGACGAAUUCCUCUCUGGAAAAACCUAUAUUUCUGGGGAUGAAUUUACAAAGGAUGAUGUAAAGGUGUAUGCAGCUGUUUCGGAGAAGCCCUGUGAAGAUCUGUUCCCCAACGCCAGCAAGUGGUACGAAUGUGUGUCUUCCAAGCUCGCCGCAAGCUUCCCUGGCAAAGCUGUUGGGGUGAGAAUCGCCUGCCAAGCAGCUCCAUUGGAUGCUGCUGCUCCCAAAGAAGCCCCGAAGGAAGCUGCUGGUGAUGAUGAUGAUGAUGACCUGGAUCUCUUUGGUGACGAGACGGAGGAGGAAAAGAAGGCUGCGGAAGAUAGGGAGGCAGUAGCUAAAAAAUCUGCCAAGAAGAAAGAGAGUGGAAAAUCAUCUGUUCUUUUGGAUGUGAAACCUUGGGAUGAUGAAACUGACAUGAAGAAGCUGGAAGAGACUGUUCGCAGCAUCGAGAUGCCUGGUCUUUUCUGGGGAGCGUCUAAACUGGUUGCUGUUGGUUAUGGGAUAAAGAAAUUGCAGAUCAUGAUGACAAUAGUGGAUGACCUUGUGUCGGUGGAUACUCUAAUUGAGGAACGUCUCACUGUUGAGCCUGCCAAUGAAUUUAUUCAGAGCUGUGACAUUGUUGCCUUCAACAAAAUCUGAGCUACAUCAUGUUGAAAUUAAUUUGACAUGUUGGAAUUAAUUUAGGCGUCUUAGCCGUUUAACGGCAGUAAUUUUGUUAUCGACAUUAGUGGUGUGUGAUCCCUUAUUUGGCCUUUUUAUUCUUGUGAUGGUGAAUUUUUGCUUGUGGUUUCAUCCUUCAAAGAUGUUUGUAACAUGUCGUCGUUACUUUUAUGAUCCGUCUCUUAUAAGCUUUUUAUAUGCAUAUGGGGAGAAUACAUUUUUACUUUAA